AUGGAUAUCGUCGACCGCGACAUGGAGCGGGCCGAGGAGGAGGCCACCCGCACCUGGUCUCAAACCUCCAAAGAGCGUCGACGACGAGCGUCGCUCGAACGAGAGCGCCAGCAACACAGGAGUGGUUCGGUCUCUUCGUCCUCCACUGGAUCAACUACCUCCCUCUCCGAACAGAACAUGGGCCGCAUAGCCACCGCUGCCACGCAGGGAGCCGCUUCAGCUACCCGCUCCAGAACACAUCCUAUUGAAGAUCACAGAACAGAGACACACCGGCUGCAGCACACCCAGACUGUCGGCGCCAGCACUCUCAGGUCACGAAAGAGCGAGAAGCCGCUACCUGAAUUCGGCGGUGGGAAGCCAUAUCCUCCACCGCUGCCAGAGCGUGAGGAGUACGUGGUCGAAUUUGAUGGCAAGGACGAUCCGCUCCAUCCGCAGAAUUGGCCGUUCAAGAGAAAGUUCGGCAUUGGCGCUGUGCUGGCUUAUACCGCCCUCUGCAGUACCUUCACCUCCUCCCUGCUCUCGGCUUCGACGAUGGCCAUCGGCGAGUACUUUGGCGUCUCCACCGAGGUCGCGACCCUCACGACUUCGCUCUACGUGCUUGGCUAUGCGUUCGGGCCCUUGGUCUGGGGACCUUUCAGCGAGCUUCGGGGCCGCAAAAUGCCCAUUCUGAUCGGCAUGUUUGGCUUCUCCGUCUUUGCCUUUGGCACUGCUGCAGGCAAGGACCUUCAGACUGUCAUGAUCUGUCGCUUCUUCACCGGUUUCUUUGGCUCUUGCCCACUCGCCGUGGUCGCGGCUAUCUUCGCUGAUAUGUUUGACAAUACGCAGCGCGGCAUCGCCAUUGUCGUCUUUGCUUCGAUGGUCUUCAUGGGUCCCAUGCUGGGCCCGUUUAUUGGUGGCUUCAUCCAGGCGAGCUACCUCAAGUGGCGCUGGAAUGUGUACCUGCCCGGGAUCAUGGGUAUGUGUGCGGUGAUCCUGAACUUCUUCUUCUUGCAAGAAUCGUAUGCUCCCGUCGUGUUGGUGAGCAAGGCGAAAGAGCUGCGCCGCCGCACUAAGAAUUGGGGUAUUCACGCCAAGCAGGAGGAAGUCGAGGUUGAUAUCAAAGAGUUGCUCCAGAAGAACUUUACCCGUCCCAUCCGACUACUGAUCUCCGAGCCUAUCAUCCUGGCUGUUACUGUCUACAUGUCGUUCAUCUACGGACUGCUUUACCUGUUCCUGACAGCUUACCCGCUGGUCUUCCAAGGUGUGCACCAUAUCAAGCCAGGUGUUGCCGGUCUACCAUUCUUUGGCAUGGUGGUUGGCAUUUUCUUCAUUGCAAGUUACAUCAUCUGGGACAACAAAAACUACAUCAAAAAGCUCGAAGCCAACGGUGGCAUUCCCGUCCCGGAGUGGCGUCUGCCGCCUGUUAUCGUUGGUGGUGUGCUCUUCGCUGUGGGCUUGUUCUGGUUUGGCUGGUCAGGGUACAAGGAAGACAUUCACUGGAUCGCGCCUACGCUGUCAGGUCUGUUCACCGGCGCCGGUCUUCUCGCCAUCUUCAUUCAGCUGUUCAACUACAUCAUCGACAGCUACCUCAUGUUUGCCGCCUCUGCCAUCGCCGCCAACACCUUUUUGCGAUCCAUUGCCGCCGCCGGCUUCCCCUUGUUCGCUCGCCAGAUGUUUGACAACCUGGGCAUUGAAUGGGCGGGGACACUGCUCGGCUGUCUCGCCCUUGUGUGUGUUCCCAUCCCCGUCUGCUUCUACCUGUAUGGUAAGAAGCUACGCCAGAAGUCAAAGUUUGCGCCUACCAUGGUUCCGCCGAAAAAGCCAGACGAGGAAGACAGCACGGGUUCCGAAUCGGAUGAUGAUCAUCAACAUGGCAUGAGCGCACUUCAUGCCACCCGAAGCGUCGCACAUCAUGACAUGCCGCAGCGUUGGCGAACUAGGACUCGAAGUGAUGCGCAGCGCAGGAGCGCCGGACAGAAUGGUGUGACAUCGACAUCGACAGAAGAUGCAAAAGAGCCAGAGAAGCAGGUUUAG